AUGAGUACUAUUCAUGACGAAAAAUGUGAUAAAGUCACACUAUUAACUGGUCGUGAUGAUAUUUAUUCAGGUGUAACUGUUGAUCAAAAUCUUUUAGCUAAAACGGUAACUUUAUUUGAACGUCAAUUGGAACAGUCAUUGAUUGCAUGGAGACAAGCAAAACGAAGAGGAAUUUGGCUUUCAAUACCACAUGAUCAAACAGAAUUGAUUCCAACUGCACAAAAAUUCGGUUUUGUUCUUCAUCAUGCUAAACCUGAAUAUGUUAUGUUAACUCAUUGGCUUGAUGAAAGUGAUCUAAAUAAAUUACCUAGUUAUGCUAUGUCUACCGUUGGUGUUGGUGGCCUUGUAGUAAAUAAAAAACGUGAAGUAUUACUUAUCCAGGAACGUUUUACUAAUGUUAAGGAUUAUUUUACAAUACCUGGUGGAUGUCUUGACAUGGGCGAAUCAAUCGAACAUGGUGUUGAACGUGAAGUAUUUGAAGAAACAGGUAUUCGUGCUCAUUUUCGUGGCAUACUUGCAUUCACAUACAAGGCACAAUUUCGUUUUGGACAUGGUGAUGUUCAUUUUGCAUGUCUAAUGUCAUUGGAUGAAAAUGAAGAAAAUCAGAAAAUUAAGUUUGAUCCACUUGAAGUAGCUGCUUGUAAAUGGAUGUCUCUUGACGAAUGGGCUGAUUCACCAGAAAAACAUCCUUUACAUGUUACAUUGCAUCUUGCGCGUUUAGCCAUGGAUGUACUUGACGGUCGUGAACAAUUACUUGAACCUGAUCGGAUCGAAGUUCAAUUAUCAAAUCCGAAUAGAUCGAUAUGGGAUAUAAUGAUGUAUCGAAAGAAAUCAAUUGAUAAAAAAUAA